AACUUGUCAAACUCGCAUUCGCGCGCGCAGCACGUACAUAAAUGUGAAUACUCGGGAGUUUUCCACCGCUUGCCGGCGAGAGGCAAAGAGAGAGAGAGAGAGAGAGAGAGACGCUUGUGAUAAUCGCGAAAAUAAAUUCAUCACAGCCCGUCGUAUAACCUCACUCACCUUUCAUCACCGCGGAACGGCCGAGCAAAAUGGGAUCGUUGACGAGCAGACAGAACGCUGGCGUCGAGGAAGUCGACAUCACAUCGAACCACGCAUAUAAAUAUCCCCCACGAUCGGGUUCUUAUUUCGGUAGUCACUUCAUAAUGGGCGGCGAGCGAUUCGACACCCCUCAACCCGAGGCCUACCUCUUUGGGGAGAAUGCAGACUUGAAUUUCUUGGGCAGCCGACCAACUCCCUUCCCGUAUCCUCCGCCACAAGCCAAUGAUCCUACGAAGACGCUAAAGAGCCUGGUGAACAUACGCAAGGAGUCUCUCAGGCUGGUGCGCAACAUGGAUCAGACGUCGACGUCCUCGCAGUAUCACAACGUGAAGCAUUACGGGGACAGCGACAUGGAGAAGAAGCCAAACCGCUUCAAUAUCGAGUUUGUGUUCGACUGUGACGUGAGAUGCGCGAUAACGAUAUAUUACUUUUGUACAGAAGAGGUCUCGACGAAAGGAGUCACGUACAUACCACGGGAUCCGUCUAUGAACUCUGAGACAUAUCACUACAAAAAGGGGGCGAAUCAGUUGUUCUCGCAAACCUCACACAUAUUCGAUCCAUUGUUGCAUACCGAAGAGGAUCUGAUGUAUAACACAGAUAAAGAAAUUAUUCCGAUAGCUAUACACUGUGUGGCAGACGAGGGCUCCGACGACACGAAGCAGUCUCACACAACCGUAGCCGUGAUCGAGAAACAUUCCGAUGGCACGUACGUGCUAAAGGCCCUUAAGCAGAAGCUCUACGUAGACGGCCUGUGCUAUCUGCUGCAGGAGAUAUACGGAAUCGAGAACAAAAAUGCGGAGAAUGCAAAGCAACCAGGUAGCGACGAGGACACGGAGGAUAACGGCUCCGAGUGCGUUAUUUGUAUGAGCGAGGUGCGCGACACGCUAAUCUUGCCGUGCAGACACUUGUGCCUGUGCAGCUCGUGCGCCGAUUCGUUGAGAUAUCAAGCGAACAAUUGCCCGAUAUGUCGCGCGCCGUUCCGGGCGCUCUUGCAAAUCAAGGCUCUCCAAAAGGCCACCGGUACGAUCAUAUCCAAUCCACCGCUGCCAGAGGGAAGUUGCGAGAAUAUACCAUCGGGCUACGAGGCAGUGUCCCUGAUCGAAGCUUUGAACGGGCCCUAUACCCCGCGAACCGCUAUCAUCGCGCCGGAAUCGCCGGAUACCCCCGACACGGAUACAGCCAGUGCCAUUCAAGCCGCGGAAACUUUGAAUCGCUCGGGUGAACGUACGCCCGUUCUGAAACACAUAUCCGCCAAGGAAACCGACAUGUCCGCCAGAUCGAGCAGCAUCACUUGCCCAACUCCCGAAUUCCGCAUGUCCGUGUUGUUAGCCAGGGACGAACACUCGGGUUCCCAGAAGGAACUGCACAACAGGUCCCCCGCCGUGCGGACGAAGUCGGUGCACUCGCGCGACAAGUCUGGCUUAAGGACGCGCGAUAUGCUGCGACUGGUGAACGAGAAGCAGCCGCCGGUUUCUCUAUACGAAGGCCCGGGACCGGACGAGGACAGCGAAGCGGAGAAACUGUCACCGCUGUUAGACGCAGCGACGAGUACCGAGGCUUUGGACGUGCACUCCCACAGAAUGUGCGACGUCGACAUCGACGACGAGAUUCAGAAUACGGAAAACGAAAACGAGACGGGCAUCACCUGCCACUAGGAAGCGACAGGAGGUGGUGCACUUGUGCAUGUGCAAUAUUGGUUCUUGUUAAGUUUUAAAUCGUUUAGACACAAACCCUUGUUCUCUGUAUAAACCGAAGCGUACAUAUCAUUUAUUUAUUUGAAGGCUUCUCGCUGGUAAAAUGGUAAGCGAGAGAAGUAAGUAUAAUUUAUUUUUCUCGGUUUUUUUGAUCGAGUUAGACGAGCAUCAGGACCAGCACGAAGGAUCGAAUUUAUCUUAUAAAAAAAGUUAACUGUGAAUUCAAUUUGUAUGAACAAUUUUUACGAGAUGUUAUCGUAAAUCUUUUAUCGACUCUAAUUUAAUAACACCAUUGUGUAUAUAAUUAUUAUUGUGAUUAAUAAUUGGGUAAGUUUUUGAUCUAGAGAUAUUUUUUGAUAUUCUGUACACAUUCGAUAUACAUUCGUGAAGCAAUAAAAUGCAAAAAAAAAGGUUUUUCUCACAAAUCGUUACGCUUUGCGCUUAAAUUAGUUGUUAAAAAUUUCGAGGCACACACAACACGUGCAUGCGUGUACACUCUCUUCUCAAAUCGUAAAGACUGUCCACGUAAGAAGAGGUAUUACACGCGCGUCCCCCCUUAGACAGUAAGAUAUAGUUGUGACGAAUUUAAUUUACGCGCGCGUCAGAAUUGAUAUUAAUAUUUAUUAGAUAAUAAAAAGGUGCUUCCACUGUA